AUGACACAGGAAACAGCAUUAGUGGCACUAUACAAAAACAAAAUUGGUCCGUUUCUGAAUAUAACGGCUGUGCGAUUAACAAAUGGAACAGGGCUAAACGGCGGUAGGGCAGAAAUCAAAGUUAACGACACAUGGGGAACUAUUUGCGAUUCUAAUUUUGAUAAUAGAGAUGCGGAGGUGUUUUGUAAUAUGCUUGGACUUAAAGCGUGGAGAUUUUUUACCGGGGCAUUGUAUGGAAAAGGAGGUGGGCCGGUUUAUAUUGAUCAACUUUUCUGUAACAGUUAUGAUGUUGUUCUAAGUGAUUGCCAGUAUUUGUUUCUUAAUGAAUGCAGUCAUAGCAGAGAUGUCUCUAUAGUAUGUUAUGGUCCGUUUCUGAAUAUAACGGAUGUGCGAUUAACAAAUGGAACAGGGCUAAACGACGGUAGGGCAGAAAUCAAAGUUAACGACACGUGGGGAACUAUUUGCGAUUCUAAUUUUGGUUAUAGAGAUGCGGAGGUGUUUUGUAAUAUGCUUGGACUUAAAGCGGUGAGAUUCUUUACCGGGGCAUUGUAUGGAGAAGGAGAUGGGCCGGUUCAUAUUGAUCAACUAUUCUGUGACAGUUAUGAUGUUGUUCUAAGUGAUUGCCAGUAUUUGUUUCUUAAUGAAUGCAGUCAUAGCAGAGAUGUUUCUAUAGUAUGUAAUGAAUGCGGGGAGCCAGACAACUCUCAUUGGGAUGCUGGAUAUUUUACAUACAAUGGUUCAACUUUGUAUGCUGACUGCUCCUUCUAUAAAUCAUAUUUAGGCAUAUUAAAGAUGACUUGUGACAAUGUUACACAGACAUGGCAAACAGAAGGAGAAUGCCAAGAAUAUGGCUAUCCAUUAGUUAUCACUGAAAUAAAACUGUCAGGGGGAAAUUCAACUUCAAAUGGUAGGGUGGAAAUCAAAUCUAUGGACACUUGGGGAACAGUAUGUGACCAUGGUUUCGGUAAAAAUGAAGCCGAUACAAUAUGCACAAUGAUUGGCUUCCCUCCUGCUGCCUCAUUCCACCACGGCGCCUACUUUGGCGAAGGUUCUGGUCCAAUAUUUGUUGAUGAUUUACAAUGUGCAGAUAAUUCUACACAUAUCAACAAUUGUAGUUACGUCACCUAUGAUAAUUGCUUUCACUUCAACGAUGUUUCUGUUGUUUGCACAGAAUGCCCCUCGCCAAAGCCUACAAAUGGAAGCAUAAAUUCCUCAUCUACUCAUUACCUUGCUGCUGUGACGGUCACGUGUGCCGACGGAUACAAUUUGAUUGGUGAUUCUGAAAUACGUUGUGAACUUAAUGCGACAUGGAGUAGCAGUCCAACUUGCAAAUUGAUAGAUUGUGGUAUACCAAAUCUUGUCAAUGCAGAGGCGACACUUUCCGAGAAUAAAACAACAUAUGGAGAAACUGCUGUUGUUUCUUGUUAUGAUGGGUAUCAACCAGGUGGUAGUUAUCUUGUUUCCUGUUUAGCUAAUGGAACUUGGAAAACCUGGCCUGAAUGCACAAGUGUUGAUUGCGGGGACCCAACACCCAACCAAGGAAAAUCAAAUGUCACAGUGUUCACUUAUGGCACUGUUGCUAAAAUUGAGUGUGAACCAGGUUUCAAUAUAUAUGGUGAUUCCAUGAUUAUUUGUCAGUCCGAUGGAACAUGGAGUGAUUAUCCAGUUUGCGAUACAUCGG